AUGGCGGGAGAUAUCAAAGCGCAUCUAGCUCAAUUCGAAAAGACAAAUAAUGUCCAGGAAAUUACAGCAGCGGAUGAAAUCUAUGCGUAUGAGAGCACCGUACAACAAUCAAUUCUCAACAGUCGACCGUGGUUACAAAAUCCAAAUUAUUUCAAACGGUGCAAGAUCUCAGCAUUGGCCCUGUUGAAAUUAGUUAUGCAUGCAAGAUCAGGUGGCACAUUAGAAGUCAUGGGUAUGCUAUUAGGAAAAAUCGACGGUGAAAAUAUAAUUGUCAUGGAUUCGUUUGCUUUACCAGUCGAAGGAACAGAAACUCGUGUAAAUGCUCAACAAGAAGCUUAUGAAUAUAUGAGUUCAUAUACUCUAUGGGCAAAAGAAGUAAAUCGUCCUGAAAACGUUGUCGGAUGGUAUCAUUCACAUCCAGGCUAUGGCUGUUGGUUAUCCGGUAUUGAUGUAGAUACUCAAAUGCAAAAUCAACAAUUUCAAGAUCCAUUCGUUGCCAUUGUGGUUGACCCAACACGGACCAUAUCGGCUGGCAAAGUCAAUAUCGGAGCCUUUCGUACAUAUCCUAAAGGACAUAAAGCUGAAAGCGAAGCAAUCGAAUAUCAACCGAUUCCAUUGAAUAAAAUCGAGGACUUCGGUGUUCAUUGUAAACAAUAUUAUCCUCUCGAGAUAUCAUUUUUCAAAUCUUCACUCGACAAACGUCUUCUCGAACACUUAUGGAAUCGUUAUUGGGUUAGCACACUGAGCACCUCAACAUUAUUGACCAAUGCUGAUUAUAUCACCGGUCAAAUAAGUGAUGUUGCCGAUAAACUAGAACAAGCCGAAAGUCACUUAGGACGAACAAGUUUUCUUCCAUUACCCGAGCAAGAUCGAAAACAAGACGAUAAAUUAGCUAAAGCAGCAAAAGAUUGCACAAAAACAGCUGUCGAAGCGGUCAAUUCUCUAAUGUCACAACUGAUCAAAGAACGUCUUUUCAAUCAAGUGACAUUCCAUUCAUAA